CUUGUACAUUUUGAACUUUUGGGAUUCGUAUAUCCCAAAGACCUAAAGUUCCUGUUGCUUGUCUUCUUCUUCCUUAUGUACAUACUGUCUCUUUUUGGAAAUGGCUUGAUCCUCUUAGUGGUAGCCCUGGAGCCUCGUUUGCACAAGCCUAUGUAUUGGUUCCUCUGUCACCUGUCCAUGAUGGAUAUGAUGGUCUCCUCAGUGGUGGUGCCCAAGCUGAUAGUUUGGCUGAUUGAAGGAAAUGGGGUCAUCUCCUUUGCGGGUUGUGUGUCCCAGCUUUUCUUCUUCCACUUCCUGGGCUGCACAGAAUGCUUCCUAUACACUGUGAUGGCCUUUGAUCGCUUCCUGGCCAUCUGCAAACCACUCCAUUACAGCACAAUCAUGAACCACCAAAUUUGCUUCUGCCUGUCGAUCGGCACCUGGUUUGGAGGCUGCCUGCACUCAGUGAUUCAGACAUCCCUCACCUUCCGUUUGCCAUAUGGUCGGGGAAGCCAGGUGAGCUACAUCUUCUGUGACAUCCCAGCUGUGCUGAAGCUGGCCUGUGCAGACACAUCCCUCAAUGAGAUGGUGACUUUUGUUGAUAUUGGGUUUGUGGCUAUGACCUGCUUCCUCCUGAUCCUGACAUCCUAUGUGUACAUAAUUUCUGCCAUCCUGAGGAUACCCACUGCCAAAGGGAGAAACAGAGCUUUCUCCACUUGCACAUCCCAUGUUACCUUAGUGGUGAUAUACUAUGUACCUGUGGUUUACAACUACCUGCGUCCACCAUCUCAGGACUCCCUUGAUGGUGUUGUUGGCAUGUUCUACACAGCAGUGACCCCAUUCUUAAACCCUCUCAUAUACACGCUACGGAACAAUGAGAUGAAAGUGGGUGUGAAGAAAUUGUUCAAUAGGAAGCCACUGUGA